AAAGAACGAAAAUUUAAUUUAUACGUAACACACUUUCAUUCUUUUCUGGGCUUAGAGAGAAAAAUCCUUUCUUCUUUUAAUAUUUUCAGAGGUAGAAAUAGAAUCGUUGUCGGCAGAGACCCUUUCUCCCUAGCAGAUCUCUCUACCCCCAACCAAAUAUUAUUCCCUUCUCCUGAAUUUUUUCUUUUCUUUUUUUUUUUCACAAAAGAAAAAAGAAAAAGAAAAAAAGGUUGGAAAUUUACAGCGAGUAGUUGAAAGAAAACAGAUUAGUUUCCCGGAAAAGGAAUGCAAAAAGUGCGUGACGGUUGCAUUGGGUUGUUGAGAUUUUAAUUUCAACUCGUGAAUUUUCCCCACCGAUCUUCCGUCAAAGUUUGCUUCUUUCUGAAUUUGGGUUCUGCCGAACCGAAUGCGGGUGGAUUUCGCAAUGCGGUUGUGAGAUUGGGGGAUUUUCGAUGAAGUUGCGGCGAUGUGGUGUGUGAAAGAGGGAUGGAGGUUAGAUCUGAGGGUGUCCAUGUCCGCUGCGAUAAGCUUCCGUCGCCGAGGAUUGCGUCGUCGCCGGUGAUUCAGUCGCCCAAGCUUCCGGCGCCGGCGAUUGCGAGGACGCGGCUGCAGGUGUGGUUCAUACGGUUGUGCUCAAGCUUGUUUGUUUGGACUUGUUUGGUUCAGUUGGUGGCGGUUGGGGAGUUUUGGAGUCCGCAUUUGUUCUCCAACUUAACCAAUCGGAUAUCCCAAAUUACACAGAUUCCCGCUCAGGGGGUUCUUCUUUCUCCGCCGCCUCUUCCUCCUGCAAGAAAUUAUACAAGUAAUGGGUUUCUUAGAGUUUCAUGCAACGGGGGCUUGAAUCAAAUGCGUGCUGCGAUUUGUGACAUGGUGACUGUUGCUCGGCUUUUAAAUCUCACUUUGGUUGUUCCAGAGCUUGAUAAGACAUCUUUCUGGGCCGAUCCUAGUAAUUUUGAGGAUAUAUUUGAUUUAAGACAUUUCAUUGAUUCACUGAGAGACGAAGUCCGAAUUGUCAGAAGACUGCCAAAAUACUUUAGUAGGAAAUAUGGGUAUAAACCACUCGAGAUGCCUCCUGUUAGUUGGUCAAAUGAAAAAUACUAUCUCGAACAGAUUCUGCCACUUGUUAGCAAGCAUAAGGUGCUGCACUUUAACAGAACAGAUACACGCUUGGCAAACAAUUGGAUACCUCUUGAUCUUCAGAAACUCAGGUGUCGCGUUAAUUUUCAGGCGCUGAAGUUCACUCCAAAGAUUGAGUCUUUGGGUUACAAAUUGGUUCGUAUGCUUCAAGAAAAGGGACCUUUCGUGACUUUGCAUCUAAGGUAUGAGAUGGACAUGCUGGCUUUCUCAGGUUGUACUCAUGGCUGCACAGCUGAAGAAGCCGAGGAGCUCAAACGGUUAAGGUAUGCAUAUCCUUGGUGGAGAGAGAAAGAGAUAGUGUCUGAAGAGAAGAGGUCUCAAGGGCUGUGUCCUCUGACACCAGAGGAAAGUGCAUUAAUUUUGCAAGCAUUGGGUAUUAGCAAAGACACACAGAUCUAUAUUGCAGCUGGUGAGAUUUAUGGCAGGGACAGGAGACUUGCACCGCUAAGAGCUGCGUUUCCCCGAAUUGUUAAGAAGGAAACUCUUCUCGCACCAGAGGAAUUGCAACAAUUUCAGAAUCAUUCAUCUCAAAUGGCUGCUUUGGAUUUUAUGGUUGCGGUAGCCAGUAAUACUUUUGUCCCUACCUAUGAUGGAAACAUGGCGAAGCUUGUUGAAGGUCACCGUAGGUAUCUUGGUUUUAAAAAAAGCAUCUUGCUAGAUCGGAAAAAACUUGUCGAGUUAUUAGACAUGCAUUUAAAUGGGACUCUUUCGUGGAAUGGGUUUGCACUUGCUGUAAGAUCCGUUCAUGAGAGAAGAAUGGGACAGCCAACUCAGCGAACAGUUAUCCCAGAGAAGCCAAAGGAGGAGGACUAUUUUUAUGCAAAUCCUCAGGAGUGCCUCUGCAUGGGAACGAAUUGUGAUGACUUGCUUAGCCGUGGUAACUUAAGUAAACCUAGGUGACUGCAAGUGCAAGCCAUCAAAAGCUGGAAUCAGCUUCCACGGAAUUGUUUUGAGAGUGGUCGACAAUCUAUGUUGCUUUCAUAUUAGUAAGCAUGCAGCAAUGUACACACAGAGAUAAGAGUUUUGUAGGAAACGGCAUAAAGAAUGGACUCAAGUUCCCAAUUUGGGCUUCAACAAAGAUACGUGGUAUUCAUUUGUUUCUGAUCUUCAAA